CAGAAGUUUGAAAGCUAGCAUGUGUUCCAGCAGGAUGCCUAUGAAAUGGAUUUCAGUUCUUCUACUGCUACAGCUGAGUUGUCAGUUCAGCCCUGGGAGUUGUGGAAAGGUGCUGGUGUGGCCCACUGAAUACAGCCAUUGGAUCAAUAUGAAGACCAUCCUGGAUGAACUUGUCCAGAGAGGUCAUGAAGUGACUGUUCUGACACAUGCAGCUUCAAUUCUUGUUGAUCCCAAUAAACCAUCUGCUAUUAAAUUUGAGAUUUAUCCUACAUCUUUUAAAAAAGAUGAUUUUCAGAAACUUUUCAUGAAGCUGAUCCCUAAAUGGACAUAUAUGCCUAAAGAUACAUUUUGGACUUAUUUUUCACUAAUUGAAGAAAUACUUUUGGAAUACACUGAUUUUAUUCUAAAGCUCUGUAAAAGUGCAGUUUUGAACAAGGAACUUAUGAGAAAACUACAGCAAGAAAAGUUUGAUGUCAUUCUUGCAGAUGCUGUGGGACCCUGUGGUGAACUGCUGGCUGAGCUACUUAACAUACCUCUUGUGUACAGUCUCCGCUUCUUUCCUGGCUUUAUAGUUGAAAAGCAGAGUGGAAGACUUCCAAUCCCUCCAUCCUACGUACCUAUUAUCUUGUCAGAAUUAAGUGAUCAAAUGACAUUCAUCAAGAGGGUAAAAAAUAUGUUGUAUGUGCUUUAUUUUGACUUCUGGUUUCAAAUGUUUCAUGAGGACUGGGAUCAAUUUUAUAGCGAAGUACUAGGAAGACCCACAACAUUAUCUGAGUUGAUGGGGAAAGCUGAAAUGUGGCUCAUUCGAACCUAUUGGGAUUUUGAAUUUCCUCGCCCACUCUUGCCACAUUUUGAAUUUGUUGGAGGACUCCACUGCAAGCCUGCCAAACCUCUGCCUAAGGAAAUGGAACAGUUUGUCCAGAGCUCUGGAGAAGAUGGUAUUGUGGUGUUUAGCCUGGGGUCGAUGGUCACUAACUUGACUGAAGAAAAUGCCAAUACAAUUGCCUCAGCCUUGGCCCAGAUUCCUCAAAAGGUUAUAUGGAGAUAUGAAGGCAAAAAACCAGACACAUUAGGACCAAAUACUCGCCUGUAUAAAUGGAUCCCCCAGAAUGACCUUCUUGGUCAUCCAAAAACCAAAGCCUUUAUAACUCAUGGUGGAACCAACGGCAUCUAUGAGGCCAUCUACCACGGGAUCCCAAUGGUGGGCCUCCCUUUGUUUGCGGAUCAACCUGAUAACAUCGCCCACAUGAAGGCCAAGGGAGCAGCUGUCAGAUUGGACUUCAACACAAUGUCUAGUGCAGAUUUGCUCAAUGCAUUGAAGACAGUCAUUAAUGACCCUUCAUAUAAGGAGAAUGCUAUGAAAUUGUCAAGGAUUCACCACGAUCAACCUGUAAAGCCCCUGGAUCGAGCGGUCUUCUGGAUCGAGUUUGUCAUGCGCCACAAGGGAGCCAAACACCUGCGGCCAGCCUCCUAUGACCUCAACUGGUUCCAGUACCACUCUUUGGACGUGAUUGGGUUCCUGCUGGCCUGUGUGGCAACUGCUAUACUUGUCGUCGUAAAAUGUGUUCUGUUUUGUUGCUGGAAGUUUGCCAAAACAGAAAAGGGAAAAAGGGAGUAGUGGUUCCCUAGCCUGAAGCUGACAUAUCUUAUAGAUGGGACACCCCCAGUUUAUUAUUCCAGCAAGAAGUAGUUGCUUCUCCUGGGACAAAAUGACUUUUCACAAAUUAGCUUCUCAUUCAAUCUGUUUUCCCGUGAUUUAGAUCAAAAUUUGUUUUUAAGGGAUUUCUACCUCUUUAAGGUUUAUAAAUCUGUCAUGCCAAAGAUUAAUUUGAUUAAAAUGAAACAAGUAAAACAA